CCGAAUAGCCUAUCCGUUGGAUACCCGGACACGAACCCCCUCACCUUGAGUAACCGGGGCAUGGCGAUACUCAAGCUGUGCUAUCAGGCUGUUAAAGGCAUUCUUGUAUCGUUACCCCGAUUCUACUUCCUCUUGCAGUCCCCACGCCAAAUCCCACAAGCAUAAAGAGAACCCACCCCUCGCACCAACAAUCCAAGUGAAAGCCCAUACAACCAGCCCACCUCGCCUACAGAACGCACCUUCGAACUAUACAAGGCACACCGCACAAUGGAAGAACCCACCUACGACCCAAGCUGCCCCCUCGCAACCACCACCCUCGUCUACCAAUACAAACUAGUCAACUGCCCCGGCAAGACUAUCGUCGGCCUGCUCGUCGAAUACCCUCCCAACGGCGCCACGCCACCCCACCGACACGGCGGCGCGUCCGUGUCAGCCUACGUGCUCAAGGGCUCCGUGCUGUGCAAGAUGAACGACGACCCGAUGCGGACGAUCGAGCAGGGCGGGUCGUGGUACGAGGCGCCCGGGUGCCAUCAUCGGAUCAGCGCCAACGCCAGCACGACGGAGCCGGCGGCGUUCCUUGUGAACUUCGUGCUGGAGACGGAGGUGUUGGAGCGGGAGGGACCGGGGGUGUUGGUGCAGAUCGAUGAGGAGUAUAGGGGGGUUGUUGCGAGGAAGAUGCAGAUGGAGGCGUGA